UGCGCGAUUCGAAGCCGUCGAUAAACUUGAUUUAAACCGAAAAAACGGUAAAUGUGGAGUAACGUUAGCCUUGUCAAACUUCGGAAAAUGUAAAUAUUUUUAGAUAGUGAACAGAGACGCCUUUUUUUCGUUCAACCUUGAAGACAUGUUGGACGACCAGACGCUGUUUUUGAUAGCUAAGAUGCUAGAGUUAGCUAGAAACUCUUGAGUUUAGCUAACGUUAUUCAUACUAGCAGAACAUUAGCUCGGCUAACCUAACUAUGCUAACUGUUCCCCAGCUAUUAGCUAACAUAUUUUAGUGGUGAAGUGUAGCUACAUGUUUAAAUUAGCUGUAGAGUGUCAGCUUUGUGAAGUUAGGACUAUCAGAAGGUGACUGAAAAUGGCAUCGUGUCAACUGGACAGGUGGACAAAUAAUCGGACAACUCCGGGUCCAGGGAGCGGAGAGUUGCUGAACACUGUGGAUCAGAGUCGCUUUGACGGGAAGGGGGACUAUAGUGAGCUUCCCAUCCAGCUUGUCCGGAGCCAGGAAACAUAUGAUCUGAGAAGGUGUCUUGUGCCCCCCCUGUCUGCUGCUUCCAGGAUGCAGUUCUCAGUCAGACUGAGCGUCUGCGUGCUGGGCUUCGUCCUCGUCUCUCUGUUCCCUCAGCCAGCACGGGGUCAAGUUUCAACGCCACGGAGAUUUCGUGCCAAAGUCCUGAGCCCCACCAAGCUGCACGUGUCGUGGAAAGAGCCGAAAGGACAGUUUGAAAGCUACAAAGUCAUUUACACCACACGGCCAGGUGGAGAGCAGAAGGAGAUUCAGGUGUCGAAGCAGGAAGCAAAGCUGGUCAUCCAAGACUUUGACCCCUCUAAGGAAUACAACUUUAAGAUCAUUGCUGUCAGUGGAGGACAGCAGAGCAAACCUCUCCAGGCCAAACAUGAAGCUCAAUCAGGCGUCGAGAUGGUCGAGUCCCAGAGGGGACGAGACGGCGGCGUCGCCGAGGAAAACAACGAGAUCUCAGAAGAUAGACGUUUUCCUUCCGGAGGUUAUAUGGAGAAUGUAACAAGCAGGUCAAAUGGUAUGAUGAAAGUAUUGGAGCGCCUGGCUCAGUACAGCGGAGACCCCCGCAUUGAGUGGCAUCUCAACGCUCACACCACCAAAGAGGCUGUGAUGGAGGCUGUGAAGAACCUGCCGUACAAAGGAGGAAACACACUACUGGCAGUAUGAUACUCAGGUCUGGCUCUGACCUUCAUCCUGGAGAACAGCUUCAAACCCGAGUCUGGAUCCAGGCCCGGCGUUCCCAAGAUAGGAAUCCUCAUCACGGACGGGAAGUCCCAGGACGAUGUGAUACCUCCAGCGCGGAGCCUGAGGGAGGCUGGGAUAGAACUGUUUGCCAUCGGUACGCCACGCCCCUACGCUAACGCAGGAAACACACGGAGCUAUUUUCAUUUUGUCGCCCAUUUUUAUCCAAUCUCUCCGGCCUCUACCGUGGCCGGCUUGCGUGAUGGCGAUGUGUGGGGCCUCACCAAGACCGUGUGUGAGCGCGUGGAGCAGCUCGACAAGCAGCUCCGCGGGGAAGGACAACCUGCCCGCCCGCCCACGGCCGUGGCGCCGCCACGCGACCUGGUGACCUCUGAGGUCACGGCUCGGAGUUUCCGGGUGAGGUGGACCCACGCGCCGGGCCAGGUGGAGAAAUACCGCGUGGUCUACUACCCAGCAAGCGGAGGAAAGCCGGAGGAAAAGGUGCUCCAGGGGACGGAGAACAGUGUGGAGCUCAACUACCUCAACUCUCUGACGGAGUACCAGGUGGCCGUUUUCGCCGUCUAUCACAGCUCCGCCAGCGAGGCUCUGCGAGGAAGCGCUACCACGCUGGCCCUGCCGAUGGUGAACGACCUGGAGUUGUUUGAUAUCACUCACAGCACCAUGAGGGUCCGCUGGAAGAUCGCCGCCGGGGCUUCUGGGUACAUGAUCCUGUACGCCCCGCUGACGGAGGGAGACCCUGCAGACGAGAAGGAGGUGAAGGUGGAGGACUCUGUGAACGAGGUGGAGCUCGAGGGAUUGACUCCGGCCACAGAGUACACAGUGACGGUUUACGCCUUGUACGGAGAGGAGGCCAGCGACCCCAUGACCAGCCAGCAGACCACAUUACCGCUGACCCCGGCGAGGAACCUGCGUUUCUCCGAAGUGGACCACAGCUCCACCCGGCUCACAUGGGACUCUGCCUCCAGGAAGGCCAAAGGCUACCGCGUCAUGUACGUCAAGACCAACGGAGUCCAGACCAAUGAGGUGGACGUUGGCCUUGUGACAUCCUGGUUGCUAAAAAACCUGACCUCGCUGACGGAGUACACAGUCGGGGUCUUUGCCAUCUACGAUGAGGGACAAGCUGAGGCCGCGACUGACAGCUUCACCACAAAAACGGUCCCCGACCCGCCAGAUCUGAAGAGCAGUGACAUCUCCACAGACAGCUUCAGGGUGUCAUGGAAACACCCAGCCUCUGAUGUGGUGAUGUACCGACUCACCUGGACACCCACUGACGGAGGGGACAGCGAAGAGGUUCUGGUGAACGGAAACAUCAACACCUACCUGAUAAAAGGACUGAGCCCCGUCACGGAGUACGAAGUCCUCCUCGCCGCCAUCUACAUGAACGAGGUCGAGAGCGACGAGGUGGUCCUCGUAGAAACCACCGGUAGGACGGUGCCCACGGGUCAGAACAGUCUGAUUCUGCAGCCGCUGCUCUCGGAUACGGAGUACAAAGUCGCCAUCACGCCCGUUUACCCCGACGGAGACGGGCCCACGGCGGCGCGGAUGGGGCGGACGCUUCCUCUGUCAGCUCCCAGGAACCUGCGGCUAUCGGAGGAAUGGUACAACCGCUUCAGGAUCAGCUGGGAUGCUCCACCGUCGCCCACCAUGGGCUACAGGGUCGUCUACCAGCCCCUAUCUGCUCCUGGCCCCGCUCUGGAGACCUUCGUGGGCGAGGACGUGAACACCAUGCUGAUCCUCAACCUGCUCAGCGGGACGGAGUACAGCGUCAAAGUCAUCGCCUCCUACACCACCGGAUCCAGCGAGGCCCUUUCAGGGAGGGCCAAGACCUUGUAUCUGGGGGUGACUAACCUGAGUGCGUACCAGGUGAGGAUGAACGGUUUCUGCGCCCAGUGGCAGCCUCACCGACACGCCAACGCCUACCGAGUGACCAUCGAGUCUCUGCUCAACAGCCAGAGGCAGGAGACGAAGCUGAGCGGAGGGGCGAACCGCCACUGUUUCAGCAACCUGAAGGCCAACACGCAGUACAAGAUGAGCGUGUACGCUCAGCUGCCGGACGGGAGCGAAGGACCGGCAGUCACCGCCACGGAGAAGACACUACCCAUCCCGACGCCGGCACCGACCACGCCCCCCACCACCACGCCGCUACCCACGAUCCCCCCUGCCAAGGAAGUCUGUAAAGCAGCCAAAGCCGACCUGGUCUUCCUGGUCGACGGUUCCUGGAGUAUCGGCGAUGACAACUUCCUGAAGAUCAUCCGCUUCCUGUACAGCACCAGCGGCGCUCUGGACCGGAUCGGCCCGGAUGGCACACAGGUGGCCAUUGCGCAGUUCAGCGACGACGCCCGGACCGAGUUCAAGCUGAACUCGUACGGCGACAAGGAGCGUCUGCUGGACGCCAUCAACAAGAUCUCCUACAAGGGGGGGAACACCAAGACGGGUCGAGCCAUCCAGCACGUGAAGGAAAACAUCUUCACGGCAGAGGGGGGCAUGAGGCGGGGGAUCCCCAACGUCCUCGUGGUCCUCACCGACGGGCGCUCUCAGGACGACGUCAACAAGGUUUCCAAGGAGAUGCAGAUGGAAGGCUACAUUGUGUUUGCGAUCGGCUUCGCCGACGCGGACUACGGCGAGCUGGUGAGCAUCGCCAGCAAACCCAGCGACCGACACGUCUUCUUCGUGGACGACCUGGACGCCUUCACCAAGAUCGAAGAGAAGCUGGUGACCUUCGUGUGCGAGGCGGCCACUGCCACGUGUCCGUCCGUGCCGAUGAGCGGCAGCACGACACCAGGUUUCCGAAUGAUGGAGCUGUUUGGGCUGGUGGAGAACCGCUACGGCAGCGUCUCCGGUGUUUCCAUGGUACCCGGCACCUUCAACACCUUCCCCUGUUUCCACCUGCACAGCGACGCUUUAAUGGCACAGCCGACCAGGUUCAUCCACCCUGAAGGGCUGCCGUCUGACUACACCAUCACACUGCUGUUCCGACUGCUGCCAGACACGCCGGAGGAGCCCUUCGCCCUCUGGGAGAUCCUCAACAAGAACAACGAGCCGCUGGUGGGAGUCAUCCUGGACAACGGGGGGAAGACUCUGACGUUCUUCAACAACGACUACAAAGGAGAGUUCCAGACGGUCACCUUCGAAGGACCGGAAAUCCAAAAACUCUUCUACGGCAGCUUCCAUAAGCUUCACAUCGCCAUCAGCAAGACGAGCGCCAAGGUGGUGAUCGACUGCAAGAUGGUGGCCGAGAAAGCCAUCAACGCAGCGGGAAACAUCACCAUCGACGGGACGGAAGUUCUGGGCCGGAAGGUCCGCUCCAGAGGGAACAAGGAUAACUCGGCACCGUUCCAGCUUCAGAUCUUCGACAUCGUCUGCAGCACUUCGUGGGCCAGCAGAGACAAGUGCUGUGAACUUCCUGGUCUGAGGAAGGAGGCAGACUGCCCAGCCAUGCCCAAAGCCUGCACCUGCACCCAGGACAGCAAAGGCCCCCCCGGCUCUGCUGGACCACCUGGAGGCCCAGGGAUCCGAGGAGCCAGAGGUGACCGCGGCGAGCCAGGCCCAGUGGGGCCAACUGGUCCAGUAGGUGAUACAGGUGUACCCGGGCCUCAGGGACCCCAAGGACCACAAGGACCGAGCGGACGCUCCAUCAUAGGACCCCCAGGUGCUCCAGGUGAGAGAGGACAGAAAGGUGAAGCUGGACAACAAGGAACACAGGGAAUCGCUGGCCGAGCCGGACCUCAAGGCAGAGAAGGCCCGGCAGGAAUCAGAGGGCUGCCAGGUAAAGACGGCCCGGCGGGCAGACAGGGCGCCUCAGGAACCAUGGGGACGCCAGGAGCCCCCGGGGCCCCCGGUCACACGGGUCCUUCAGGAAAACAGGGAGAACUGGGACCACCGGGUCCUCCUGGAAGCAAAGGGGAGAAAGGAGAACGGGGCGACCUGCAGUCGACAGCGUCAGUCCAGGACAUCGCCAGGCAGGUCUGUGAGCAGCUCAUUCAGAGCCACAUGGCGCGCUACAACGCCAUCCUGAACCACGUGCCCAGUCCGCCGGUGUCCAUCCGCACCGUGCCGGGACCCCCCGGAGAGCCUGGCAGACAGGGAUCUCCAGGACCCCAGGGAGAACAGGGACCCACAGGAAGACCCGGCUUCCCGGGACAGAACGGACAGAACGGGCAGCCGGGAGAAAGAGGUCAACCAGGAGAAAAGGGUGAGAAAGGAUCUCAAGGUGUUGGAGUCCAGGGCCCCAGAGGACCUCCAGGACCCCCCGGAGCCCAAGGCCAGGGCAGACCUGGCAGCCAGGGUCCCUCAGGGCGGCCUGGAAAUCCCGGGACCCCUGGUCGUCCCGGGGUCCCUGGACCAGUCGGCUCCACUGGGCCUCCGGGCUACUGCGACCAGAACUCCUGUGUGGGCUACAAUGUUGGAGAGGGUGAAGAUGACACUGACCGCGGCGCUGUCCCCGCAGUCCAACUGCCGCCCAACGUCUUCCAGAACUACGGCGAGGUCGAGGAGGACGAUCCCUACCGCUACUACGAGCCCAGUUACCCGGCACCGCGGCCCGUGGCGCCCGACGACCCGGCGCUCGCCCUGGAAGACGUCGAGCUGAGUUCCCCCGGCGUCCACCGCAGCUCCCGGAGCCUGAACGGCGAGGAGGAGAGAGCCGCGCCAAAGAGGAGACUAAAACGGGAAGCCAAGGCGCUGCCCGGACUAAUUAAAUGAGAGGAGGGCCGCUCGCUGUUUGUGAUUGGGCGGUUUGGAGCCGUUACGGACUAAUCAACAAGUGCCUGAUGUAGAGGAUUUCUUAUGGACAUAGUAGAGGGGACAGUAGGGCUGCAACUAACGAUUAUUUUCAUAGUCGAUUGAUCUGUUGAUUAUUUUCUCGAUUAAUCGAUUAGUUGUUUGGGCUAUUAAAUGUCAGA